AUGGUGCAGAAGAUGCCUGGUUCAGUUGUCCAAAUAGAAACACGACCACUGUACAAUGGGAAUGAGGAGGCGCAAGGUGUAAAAAUACUUCAUCGUGUAUUUUGGAGUUUCAAUCCAUACAUUAGGGCAUUCAGGCAUUGCAAGCCCCUUGUUCAGAUUGACGGCACACACCUAUACAGAAAAUACAAAGGUACACCUCUAGUCGCUGUUGCACAAGAUGGAAACCAGAACAUUGUGCCUAUCGCCUUUGCCUUGGUGGAAGGGGAGACAGCUGAUGCAUGGCAUUUCUUUCUCAGGAAUCUGCUAAUACACAUCGGCAGUAACUUCUUAAGGGCAUUCAAAGUCCCUCACUUGCAAAAGCUUGUUGUCAACAUAGGGUAUUCAAGAACGGUAGAGGAGUACAAUAUCAACUAUAAGGGGUUGGAAGAGCGAGGCGAGGCAUAUGCCAGGUGGUGCGAUGCCAUUGGACUCAGACAUUGGGUAUUGGCAUUCGACGAGGGACAUCGAUGGGGCCAUAUGACAACGAACCUUGUCGAGUGCAUUAACUCAGUGUUGAAGGGUGCCCGUAAUCUACCUGUGUUGGCGCUGGUCCGAGCAAUAUAUUAUAAGUUAAAUGAACUUUUUACGCGGAAGAGUGCCGAGACUCACGAACGCAAGCGUGCUGGAUAUAUGUACUCCGCAUUUGCGCAACAGCGGAUAGAAGCAAGUAUGCAACAGGCUGGAAAUAUAGUUGUGCACCUCUUUGAUAGACGAAAUGAGGUGUUUGAGGUGCGCGAAAUGACUACAAAAAAGGUGUUAGUUGUUGAUCUUGCGCGACGGAGGUGUGACUGUGGGCACUUUCAGGUUGAACGAAUACCAUGUCGCCAUGUUAUUGCUUGCUGUGCUAACCAGCAUCUCGAUUGGCAGUUGUAUGUACAUGAUAUGUACAAGAUGACGGAGGUCCGUAAAGUAUAUAGGUUUGAGUUCACACCAUUAGGUGAUCGCGAUACAUGGCCUGCUUAUGAGGGACCCACAUUAGUCGCUAAUCCCGCGCUGAGGCGAACGUCUAAAGGCAGGCCCAAACUGAUCCGAUACUUGAAUGAAAUGGACUCACGCGACAUGCGUGGUCCUCGGAUAUGCCGUCUCUGUGGUGCUCAGGGUCAUAGUCAGAGUAGGUGUCCUCAGCGUGCUGGACCGAGUGGUGCUGGUUCAUAG